UCAUCAACCAUUAGAUAAUUAAAGUGUCUCGCAGUUUACUGUCUACUCGGAUGCAGGCAAGUUGGAAUUUUUGUGUUCUCUGAAAGAUCGUGAGUGUUAGUCAUCAUUUAUCAGAUGCGGAAUAAAUUUUGGCAUAAUAAUGGAACAAACCAUCAACGAUUUACCUCCAGAGAUUUUGGAAACAAUCUUCGAGUAUCUUCCAGCUGCUCAGUUGUUAAGAAUUCGUCUAGUUUGUCGCCACUGGCGAGAUGUUGUAAUCAGUGACUCAAAACUCAUGGGAAAACUCAUUUUAAAAUUUCCCCAAAACAUCACCAUCACUAAAAAGUACACGCCAAAACAUCUACCAGCUGCAGCCACGAAAGUCUGCUUUGAGAGUGUAAAAAUCGUUGGAAUACCAACUUGGUGGUCAUCAUUCGCCUUAAAUCUGACCCACCUAAAAAUACAAUUUUCUGAAACUUCACUACCAACGUUGCUGGAAAUGCUGCGAUCAACUCCAAACCUGAAACGACUCAAACUGUUCUGCGUGAAACUGACCAAACUCGCGGACGAGCCGCCAAACUUCACGCUGAAUAAGCUGGAGAAACUGUACCUGAAUUCCAUCUGUGAAACAAAAAUUUUGCGCCUAUUUGGACCAAUGUGUCCAAAUUUGAAGGACUUUUACCUCUUCAUGCGAGCGGAAAAUCCCAACCAUGACGCACGGUGUGUGAUUCAGUUUGUGCAAACUGUUGAAAAAACGCUGGAAAGCCUCGAGCUGUACACCACGAAAAACUUUCUCGCGGAAUUGUCUACCUUCAAGGAGCUGAAGUUAAAGCGGUUGGUCUACAACUGGGUUGAGGAACCGGAAGAGGAGCUGGUGCAAUUUUGCCGUACUCAACCUUUGAUCGAGAAGCUUGUGACGGCGCAAAGUUGCUUGUCUAAUUCGGCUCUCACUGAAAUCGGGCGCUCUCUCCCCAACUUGAAGCAUCUUUCAUCAAGGUUCAAACCGGAUUGUUCAAAACAUGCCACAUUUAUCAACGCCAUGCCCAACCUGGAGCAUCUAAGCCUAAUCAACAACUACUCUGAGGUCAAUUUCGGCGGUUGCCAGAGUCCCAACCUCAAACAUUUAUACCUGGGCUACAUGCGACCAACCCGGAACAGUCUUCAACAAUACUUAAAAGCGUGUCCCAACCUGAACAGUUUGGAGAUGGACAGAUGCACCUUCACCAGUUGGGACGAAAUUUUCAUCCCCGCCGGAAGUCUAAAAUUCCUUCAAACCUUAGAGCUAGGCACUCUGGACCUGGCAAACGUAACCGACGCCACCUUCGGAAAGAUGACCAACCUGCGCCGGUUGCGCCUGAUCGGGUUUAAAAUGGCGAACCCCGUGAUGGCAGCGCUGUUCCGGGCGUGUGACCAGCUCCGGCUGGAGGAACUGAACGGAUGGAAGCUGGACGAAGAGGAGGCGCUGAAGUUUGCGAUGCAGGAGGACCGGGAGUGGCGGACGAUGACGCUGGGGGUUCCGAGAGUUUGUGGAGUCGAGGAGAGUGUGGGAGAUUGUGGGACGGUCUCGCAGGAAGCUCGUGGGACAAGUCGAGAGGAAGGGGGAUGGGGUGUUUUUGGUAGGGUGAGGGGAUUUUUUGAAAAAAUGUUUUAUAAUUAGGAAAUAGU